CUGGCAGAGAGGGAAAAAAAAAGGAAGAAGAGAAAGCCGCGAAGCGAGAGAGAGAGGAGAGCUCGCUCCGUCGCUCGCUCGUUUGUUGCCGUGCUCGUGCUCGUCAAUGGCGGGUAGGGUUUCGGCGCUGCCCUAGCUAGCCCGAACCGAUCCCAGAGGCUGCCCCCGCGUACGGGCCCCCGUGAGGGAGGGAGGCGCGGGGCGGCGGCGGAGUAGGCGAUGGGGGAGGAGCAGGGGCCCCGGAGGAAGGAGGCGGGGCCGGACGACGCGCUGCAGGCCAGCAUGCAGAAAAUGAUCCAGCGAGUCAAAGUGUACCGAUUGACCGAUGAUGGGAAGUGGGAUGAUCAGGGAACAGGGCAUGUAACCAUCGACUACAUUGAGGGAUCAAGAAAAAUUGCUCUGACUGUUGUGGAUGAAGAGGAUAGUGACACACUACUGAUUCAUCACAUUACAUCUGAUGAUAUAUACAGGAAGCAAGAAGAAACAAUCAUUUCUUGGAGGGAUCCUGAAAAGGCAUUAGAAUUGGCACUGAGCUUUCAAGAAGCUGCUGGGUGUUCAUACAUAUGGGAGAGUGUGUGUACCAUUCAGCGAAAUUUACAAUUUAAUGUCCUUGAUGUUCAAGAAGCUUCUCCACCUGCAGCAUUUGAAUCUUUAGAAGCCUCUCGAAAUCAACCUUUUCAUGAUGAGUCCUUAAGUUCCACCAACAGAGAAUUUAAGAGACUUCCUCCUCUUGAUUUGUCCAGUCUCUCUUCGAUCUUAAAGACUAUUUUGGAGUGCAGCAUGACAGAGCGGAUGCGUGUUUCUGUUGCAGAGUUAAUAUUACAAUAUCAUGAUUUCUUCCCCCAGCUAGUGAACCUUCUCAGAACGUGUGAGAGUUCAGGAAACAUGGAUGCACUCCACAUGAUCUUUAGAUUAGUAAAGGGAAUCAUAUUCUUGAACAGUUCUGCGAUAUUUGACAAGAUUUUCUCUGAUGAUUUUAUUCUUGAGAUAAUAGGCGCCCUUGAAUAUGAUCCAGAGGCUCGCAGCGUGCAAAAUCAUCGCUAUUUCCUGAAGGAGCAUGCAAUUUUCAAGGAGGCUAUACCCAUUAAAAGUGCUUCUGUGGUUUCAAAGAUCCAUCAAACAUACAGAAUAGGCUAUAUAAAGGAUGUUAUAUUACCGAGAGUAGUCGAUGAUGCUACCAUGGCAAGCAUUGCUGCAAUCAUUCAUGCGAACAAUGCUGCUGUUGUUUGUUUACUCAAGGACGAUUCUUCUUUUGUAAAAGAACUGUUUACUAAGAUGAGAUCUUCGAAUAUUUCUGCUGAAUCAAAACGCGAACUGGUCCUGUUUUUGCUUGAAUUUUGCACACUCAGUAAAAGUUUACAGCCUGUCCAGCAAUUACAACUAUCUAGGGAUCUCGCUAGUGAAGGUGUAUUUGACAUCAUGUCUGAUGUGUUGCAGAGUCAGGAUAAAGUGCUCAUCUCAGCUGGGACAGGCAUCCUUGUACAUUUUCUUAAUCAAGAUCCUAACUUACUGAGGUCAUAUAUUGCUCGCCAAGAAAAUUCUCAAGAAGGCAAUUCUCUUCUUGGUUUUCUGGUUCAAGGUAUGGUAACUGACUUCAGCGAGUCAUUGCACUGUCAAUUUUUGGAAAUUCUGAAGAUUCUGAUGGAUGGUUUUGCUGCAAAUACACCUACACACCAUAGAGGAGUUAUUGAUGUUUUUCAUGAAAAGCAUCUUGAUAAGUUGAUUGAUGUAAUAGCUUCCUCUCAAAUGGACAUUACCCAAUCAACAUCUAGUCCAGUUGGUGUUGGUACAAGAGUUGAAGACAAGUCUGCUAAGACUGAAAUACUGUCUAACAUCUGCGAGCUUUUAUUCUUUUGUGUAGUUCAUCACCCCUACAAGAUCAAGGUCAACUUCUUAAGAAGCAAUUCGAUGGAGAAAAUCCUUACAUUAACCUGUAGGAGAGAGAAGAUUUUGGUUGUGGCAGCUGUCCGAUUCAUGAGGACUGUUAUUUCUCGAAAUGAUGAACUUCUUCUUAACCAUAUCAUCAAGUUCAACUUGUUGAAACCAAUUAUUGAGGUAUUUGUUGAAAAUGGGGAUAGGUACAAUAUGCUACAUUCUGGGGUCCUUGAACUGUUGGAAUACAUACGAAAGGAAAAUCUCAAGUCACUUGUUAUAUAUGUUACCGAAUACUUUUGGAACCAACUUGCGAGGUUCGAAAAACUAGGGAACAUUCAGGCCUUCCGACUCAAGUAUCAACAGUUAAUGGAGAAUGGUGAAACAACACAAAGUAUUGUAAUCGGCAUGAGAAAGAAGACAGAAGAAAGAGGUCUCGACAAGGAAGAGGAAGAUUAUUUCAACAAGGGCAGUGACGAGGAAGAUUCUGCUAAACAGUCAGCACGUGCACAGGAGCAACCUCUGGAUAAGUCUGCCAAGGGAAGUGAUAUCCAUCAGCUCCCUGCAAGGUCUAAAUCGGGUGGGCUUGUGGAUUAUGACGACGACGACAAGGGUUACAACCCACCUCCCAAAAGGACCGUUAGAGCUGAUGAGGAUGAUGAGGCCUUAAUUAUAAAGCGUAGUCCAGUGGUUGACAAACAGGCAGAUGGGAAGUCUCCCAAAAAGCCAAAGUUGGAACCCAGAUUUAUCUGCUCAAAGAUUGUCGCUGCGGCUCGCUCAGAUUUGGCAGAUAAGCAGGGUUCCCUGUCACCUGCCUCAAGCAUGAAAAGCAAUGGUGAUAUUGGGGAGGAAGAGCCACGACAUGCCUCAGGAAGCUUGGAUCGCACUCAUGAAAAAGGAGAUGACUGUACCAAAGAUGCAGGGAAUUUGCCUUCCGAGAUGACUGUAAAUAAAACAAAAGCAACUGAUUCAGAGCCUUAUUCAGUGAGAUAAUAAAUAUUUCUCCUCUAUUGGCUUCAACUCGAUUGCUUUUCCUUGUGGCGAAAAGGAAAUGCUUAACAUUUGGAUCCGAAGAAGGUCGUCCGUCGAGUCCAUAGUAUCCUGACCCUUGAGCCUGACAGCAUGGUCGGAGGUGAGAUAAUUUUGGUCAAAGUUGUAUAUCUCAACUUCGAUUUCGGCUCAGCUGAACAUGUAAAUUGACACUCAAAGAGGAGAAUACCAAGCUGAGAACCAACGUGCUAUUUGGUGCUGCACUAUAGACAACAACAAAAAAAAAGGAGGGCCUAGUAGGACCAAAGAGUGUGAGCUCUCCCAUGGGUGCAGAAUGUGCCCUUCCUUCAAAAAAAAUUGCCGUGGAUUUUUCAGCCUAUGGAUGAUCCACUAAGCAAUCGCUAUUGUAACAGAAUCAGGGCAGGUGUACAUCAUUUGAUUCACCAAAUAUACGGUUGCCCGUUGUGACGAUUCUUGGUACGUAGUACGUACCCAGUGUUUACAAGAACAUUUGCCCCCUGUUUGGAACGAAUGAAUUUCAUGUGAUUUUUAUAGGGACAGCUUGUGACGUGCAAAUUUCGUAGGAUUUUGAUUGAAACU